GCAUCGUCAGCAUCGCCAGCAUCGCCAGCAUCUCGCUGAGUAUUGAUCGGCAAUCCGAUCACCCGCUCCACCCGCGCUUUUGCACCCACUUCCCCAGCGCUGCUGUUCUACCGCCCUUCCGCAUCCUUCCUGGCCAUCCAUGAAUCUUGAGACCUUCCAGUUUGUCGCGGGCCAGACGCCCCUGACCGAUCUCCGGGUCAUCGGAGCAACUUGGGCAAUCUAUGCCACCACCAUCCUUGGACUCAGGCAAUACAUGAAGAACCGAGAGCCCUUCAAGCUCGUCAACGCUACUGCCAUCCACAACAUGAUCCUGUGCAUCUGGAGUCUGAUCAUGGCCGUUGGUGUGUCCUAUUCGGUCUAUCAAGUCGGCCAAGUCGAGUUCCGCGCCAUGUUCUGCACUCUCCCCAGCCACUCCGCGGCCAGGGGCUCUCUGUGGUUCUGGAUCUACGUCUAUUACAUCAGCAAGUUUUACGAACUGCUGGAUACGGUGAUCCUGGUUCUGAAGAAGAAACCCAUCAUAUUCCUCCACUGGUUCCACCACGGCAUCGUUGUCCUAAUGGUCUGGAUCUGGAUGUAUGACAUUGCUGUCGUCACAACCUGGGGCAUGAUCUUCAAUACCGUCGUGCACGUUUUCAUGUACUACUACUACUAUGCGGCCUCGUUGGGCAAGUCGGUCUGGUUCAAGAAGUACAUCACUUCCGGCCAGAUCGUCCAGUUUGUCUGCUCGUUCUUUUUCACUGUGGUCUUUGCCUACUACCACUUGAAGAUCAAGAGCACCGGCGGACCCGGGUGCCAGGGCGUUUCGGCCGCCAUCUUCACCACCGGCCUGAACUUCAUCUUCCUUGUGCUGUUCAUCCAAUUCUAUCGGUCAUCGUAUGGCAAGAAGAAGGGGGCCGACAAGCCCAAGAAACAAUAGACAGACCCUGGUCAGCCCAGCUACUUGGGCUCUGAACUCGCCCGUUAUUCCGAUCUUUGCACAGCAUGCGGCAGAUGGAGCACGGUAUCUCUC